AUGACCACAGGCAACGCCGCCUCAAAGGCGACUAGGCCUAUUCAACGUCUCGCAUACGCUUCGACAGUAACCUGCGCUGCUCAGGCAUCGGUGUAUGGGAAAUGCGUUGCUGCAACCUACACUGACGUCAGCAAGGAUAUCUGUCGCGCAGAAUUUCUCAAAUUCAAGGAAUGUCUUCGAGACGCGAUGAAGAAGCGAUAG